GUACCAGAAAUCCAACAUAAAAACUCAAAUUAAGAAAAAUAGGAACUUUUCUCGGCCGGUUUCAAUAACGGGACUGGAUCUGUGCAGCUCGGUUCCGCCCCUGUUCUCUUUCACGUCCGCAGUUCCCACAUAUAGGCGCCGUUUCCUCCUGCUGAGCCACAUUGUCGCUUCAGGCUUUUCUUGAACGAUACCAACAUGAGCGGAAGAGGAAAAGGAGGCAAAGGUCUCGGUAAAGGAGGCGCCAAGCGGCACCGUAAAGUUCUCCGCGAUAACAUCCAGGGAAUCACCAAGCCCGCUAUCCGCCGUCUGGCUCGCCGCGGGGGAGUCAAGCGGAUCUCCGGUCUCAUCUACGAGGAGACCCGCGGUGUGCUCAAGGUCUUCCUGGAGAACGUCAUCCGUGACGCCGUCACGUACACCGAGCACGCCAAGAGGAAGACCGUCACCGCCAUGGACGUGGUGUACGCUCUGAAGAGGCAGGGCCGCACUCUGUACGGCUUCGGGGGUUAAACUGCUUCUUUAAAUAAAUAAAACAAAACGGUCCUUUUAAGGGCCAAACACAUUUUCUUUAAGAAGCUAAUUUUCUAUGAAACGUGGCUAACAAAAGCUACAUUUGUUGUAGUGAAUAUAUGAUUAACUCUUGAAGUUAUAUUUCAUAUAUUUACUCUACUUAAGGCAAAUGAUUUAUUAGUAUAGGAAGGGGAAGCUGUAAAACGGGACCAGUGUAUGUAAAGUCCAGGUGCAACAAAUGCAACGUAACUAAAAACGUGCAAUCGAAUAAAAUUUGUUCCCAAAGCUAA